AUGUCUAGUCGCCAACAGAUCGACUCCGUCAUCGACGAUGAUGAUGAAUUCUGCCCCCUUUGCAUCGAAGAGUUCGACCUCUCAGACAAGAACUUCAAGCCGUGCCCCUGUGGGUAUCAGAUUUGCCAAUUCUGCUACAACAAUAUUAAAACCCACAGCGAGGAGGGUCGUUGCCCCAACUGCCGCCGUCCGUACGAUGACAGCACGAUUCAAUACAAGAUUCCAGAUGCAGAAGAGUUCAAAGCAGAUCUUGCACUUAAGCAUCGCAAAGCGGCUGCAGCGAAGAAGAAGGAGGCUGAAAAGCGGGAAAUAGAAGCGUCUAGUCGGAAGAAUCUAGCUGGAGUUCGUGUCGUCCAGAAGAACUUGGUUUAUGUUAUCGGUCUCAACCCCACCAUCCGUGACGAGAACCAACUGCUUCAAACUCUUCGCGGGAGGGAAUAUUUCGGUCAAUACGGUGAUAUUGAGAAAAUUGUGGUCAGCAAGGCCAAGCCUGGUGGCAACCCGCAUCAGGGAAUUGGCGUUUAUGUCACCUUCUCUCGGAAGGCCGAUGCCGCGACUUGCAUCACUUCUGUCGACGGGUCUGUCAAUGGCGAUCGUGUUCUAAGGGCCCAGUAUGGAACGACCAAGUAUUGCUCGUCGUUCCUUCGCAAUGAGCAAUGCAACAACCGCAACUGCACAUUUUUGCACGAGACUGGCGAAGAUAGUGAAAGCUAUAGUCGUUCCGAUCUCUCUUCGCUGAACACACUGUCCAGUCAACGUCAGCACCAUCCGUCCAGUACCCCGCAAUGUCCGUCCCGUUCAACCGAUCUCACACACGAUGCGACGGCAGCCAACUGGGCAAAUAAGGAUGCGGCUGCGAUCAGGACUCGCCGUGCUAGUUUGACUGGCAGCCAAGCGUCUCAGAGCCCCCGACCUGCUGGUGUAACUGUUGCCAUGGCCCCUGAAGAAUCAAAGCGGAUCGAGAAACCGCCGUCUGUUGUUCAGGAAGCGCAGCGAAUAGCUUCUCAGUCCAGUGCACGGUCACCUAUUCCCAACCCGUCAAGCCUUCCCAAUAAGCCGGAAUCCGAAACACCGUUUGACAGUCUGGUCAAGGAUAUACUCUCUCCCGAAUUCCGAUUUGUCUUUUCCCCCACUGACCUCCCUUUGGAGGAAGUCAAGCGUAUCCAAAAUUACCCCUCUUUCAUUGAUCCAUACGGUGGCGUCAAACGCCGAGCAAUGCGUGAGAAGGCCGAGCAGGAGCGUGUCAAGCGUGAGAAAGAAGUCAACCCUCCGCGCGGUCGCCAGGGGCGCGAGUCGCAUGGCGCUAUCCAACCGCCAUCUCAGCAAGGCACGGCCGACAACUCUACCGUUGGCUCUCCUGUCUCGGCUACCAGUCAUCAAUUCCAAGGAUUGAACCUGGCUGGUCGAAGCUUGACGCCACUUCAGCAACAACAGUUGAUGCUCCUGAAACCCGUCAAGGGCUAUUCCAAUCCCAACUGGCUCAGUUCAAUUGCUCUUCAGGCUCAAAACCGGCAGUCCUCUCGCUUCGCCUUCGCCAACGAGGUUGGAACAAAGAAUAUCAGCAACGCACGCAUGCUGAGCCAGAUGCAGUCUGCCACACCCAAUCCCCUGACUGCUCCCAGUCCUCAGCACGCCCUUGCCAGCGGGUUUUACGCGAGUGCGGCGGCGGAAUGUUUGCCCAAGGACACGGAUUUACUUCAAAUGCCAACCUUGGUCUUGGAUCCAACGUGGGAAAGGACGCAGACGCCCGAGUUGAUGCGUGAACUACUGCGUGGCCGCAGCGGCACGAAUGUGGGUGGUGUACAGGGCCAGGAGGCCGCAAAGCGUGAGUUUAUGUUCCCUUUCCUUCAACAGCACCAAACCCCACCUCCCCUGACUCCCGUCAAUGGCCUUCUCAGCUCUUUCUAUGGGUCCCAGACAGGCACUGCACCUGACUCUGGCGGCUCACAGAAGCAGAAGAAGAAGGGGAAGAAGCACAGACACGCUAACACUUCCUCCGGUGGAGGCGGUGUAGUAGAUCUUGCGGACCCGAGCAUUUUGCAGGCGAGAAUGCAUCAGAUCGGUGCCAACGGUACUGCUGGACAAGCGCUGUACGGGAGUCAGGGUCAAGGUGGGUACAACCCCUCGAUGAUGUACGGCGGUGGGUUCAGCCGCUGGUGA